GAAGCCCCUACCAGCCCGUCAUUGAAGCUUUGGAAAACCACCCCCAGAAGAAGUUCUACAAUGUGUCCAAGCUCGGAGGGACCAAGUAUGACACUCUGCCUACUCCAUCCGAGUGCUGCUCGAGUCCAGCGUCCGCAACUGCGACGGCUUCCUGGUGAAGGAGACGGAUGCCAUGAACAUCCUGGACUGGAAAACAAAACAGAACCAUGUCGAAGUGCCCUUCUGUCCUGCCAGAGUUGUUCUUCAAGACUUCACUGGAAUCCCAGCGAUGGUGGAUUUUGCUGCCAUGAGGGAAGCUGUGAGAAAUGCUGGAGGAGAUCCUGUGAAAGUCAACCCUGCCUGCCCCACUGAUCUCACUGUGACCAUGUCUCUGCAGAUUGAUUUCAGCAAAUGUGCAAUACAGAACGCCCCCAACCCCGGCGGCGGGGAGGCACCGAGCCGCCGGCCCGGCUGUCGCCGCUGCAGGGCGCAGCCCCGGAAGGUGCCGUGCCGGGGCCAGGGCGGCUGCAGGGGCGGGCCCUGCGAGUCCGGCCGGCACCCCGCGCCCUUCUCCGCGCAGAUCGAGAACGCUCCCAUCCUCUGCCCCUUCCACCUGCAGCCCGUGCCUGAGCCUGAGACGGUAUUGAAAAAUCAGGAGAUGGAAUUUGGCAGAAAUAGAGAGAGGCUUCAAUUUUUUAAGUGGAGUUCAAAGGUUUUCAAGAAUAUUUCCAUAAUUCCACCUGAGACUGGAACGGCUCACCAAGUGAACUUGGAAUAUUUGUCCAAAGUUGUUUUUGAAGUUAAGGAUUUGCUCUAUCCCGAUAGUGUGGUUGGCACAGAUUCACAAACCAUGGUAAAUGGCUUGGGUAUCUUGGGCUGGGGCGUCGGGGGCAUCGAGACGGAAGCAGUGAUGCUGGGAAUGCCCCUCACCCUCACCCUGCCCGAGGUGGUGGGCUGUGAGCUCACAGGCACAGUCAGCCCCUUUGCCACCUCCAUAGAUAUUGUUCUGAGCAUUACAAAGCAUCUGAGGCAAGCUGAGGUGGCUGGAAAGUUUGUGGAGUUUUUUGGGAGUGGUGUUUCCCAGCUGUCUGUAGCAGACCGAACCACAAUAGCAAAUAUGUGUCCUGAAUAUGGUGCUAUUCUGAGUUUUUUCCCUGUUGAUAAUGUGACACUGAAGCACUUAAAGCAUACAGGUUUGGACGAGGCCAAGCUUAAAGUCAUGGAAGCAUAUCUUAAAGCUGUGAAGUUAUUUAGAAAUGAUGAGAGUUCUUCCAGAGAACCUGAGUAUUCCCAGGUAGUGCAAGUUAGUCUAAGUUCUAUAAUUCCAUAUGUCAGUGGUCCCAAGAGAUCCCAAGACAGAGUGGCUGUUAAUAACAUGAAGAGUGACUUCCAAGCCUGCUUAAAUGAAAAGUGUGGUGUGAAGGGGUUCCAGGUUGCAGCUGAGAAGCAGAAGGACACGGUGCCUGUUCAGUAUGAAGGAAAUGAAUACAAGCUGUCCCACGGCUGUGUGGUCAUUGCUGCAGUGAUCAGCUGCACCAACAACUGCAACCCCUCUGUCAUGCUGGCUGCAGGACUCCUGGCCAAAAAAGCCGUGGAGGCUGGCCUGGUGGUGAAGCCCUACAUCAAAAGUUUAUCACCAGGCAGUGGCAUGGUUACACAUUACCUCAGUUCCAGUGGAGUAUUGCCAUACCUCAGCAAGCUCGGGUUUGAGGUGGUUGGUUAUGGGUGUUCCACCUGUGUUGGGAACACGGCCCCUUUGCCAGAAGCCAUCAGGAAUGCAAUAAAACAGGGUGAUAUCAUUGCCUGUGGAGUGUUGUCUGGCACGAAGAACUUCGAGGGCCGCCUGUGUGACUGUGUCCGUGCCAACUACCUGGUCCCCCCCCUGGUGGUGGCCUACGCCAUCGCAGGCACCGUCAGGAUAGACUUUGAGACAGAGCCUCUGGGCAUUGGCUUUAAUGGUAAAAGUAUUUACUUACGAGAUAUUUGGCCCACCCAAGAGCUUCACACAGUGGAGGAAGAGUAUGUGAUAUCAUCCAUGUUUAAGGAAUUGAAGGAAAAGAUGGAGAAAGGAAACAAACGAUGGAAUUUACUGGAAGCACCAGAGUCAACUUUAUUUCCCUGGGAUUCAAAAUCUACUUAUAUCAGAUGUCCUUCCUUUUUUGAUAAACUUGCCAAAGAACCAGUUGCCCCACAGCCCGUUGAAAACGCCCAUGUCUUGCUGUACCUGGGGGACUCUGUCACCACAGAUCACAUAUCCCCUGCUGGGAGCAUUGCCAGGAGCAGUGCGGCCAAGUACCUGACCAGCAAAGGACUCACACCUCGUGAAUUCAACUCUUAUGGGGCUCGAAGAGGUAACGAUGCUGUCAUGACAAGAGGUACCUUUGCAAACAUCAAGCUUCUGAAUAAGUUCAUAGGAAAACCAGCUCCUAAAACAAUUCACUUCCCAUCGGGACAAACGCUGGAUGUGUUUGAAGCAGCGGAGCUGUACCAGAAGGAAGGCAUUCCUGUCAUUAUUCUGGCAGGAAAGAAGUAUGGACUGGGUAGCUCAAGAGACUGGGCUGCAAAAGGGCCUUUUUUACUGGGUGUUAAAGCUGUGCUGGCUGAAAGCUUCGAGAAGGUCCACAGGAGUCAGUUGGUUGGAAUCGGCAUCGCUCCGCUUCAGUUUCGUCCUGGGGAAAAUCCGAGCACUUUGGGUCUCACUGGCAAAGAGCAGUUUUCCAUAUUGUUCCCUCCAGAGCUGUCGCCCAGAAUGACUUUGGAUGUUAAGACGAGCACUGGAAAAGUAUUCAGCGUGAUUGCCUUGUUUGAAAACAACAUGGAGAUAACUUUAUACAAGUAUGGUGGAAGUCUAAACUUUGUGGCCCGAAGAUUCUUGUAGUAGCUACUGACUGUCUGGGUACCUUGCAUAACUGGUAACUCUGCAAAUGCCUUGUGUGAACCAGGAAUCUGUACUGUGGAACUGCAAACAGUCCUAGUGUGCUCAAAGUUACUUCGUCCAUGGAUGUAAAAGAUUGUGAAUCAUUGUAACUGCAACAAGAUCCUUUCUGAUUUUAAAUAAUAUCUAAUGGUGCUAUUAAACAUUGCUAAAAUCAACAUGUGUAUUGUGGCAGAGAGCUGUAAGUAUGGAGGGGAUGUUUUAUCAGACCAUUUUGUAAAUAAACUAUGCGAAAUCUGAAA